AUGCAAGCCACAGAAGAUCCAGAGGAACAGGAAGACGAUCCGGAAGCUCUCAUUCGCAUCAGCCAGCCCAGUUUACAGGUAGAUUAUGACAUCCUGCUAUCCCCCACAUAUCAGGUCCCCGUCUUGUACUUCGGUCUGAGGUGGCACAACCAAGGUCCGCUCGGACUCGACGCCGUCUACCAAUAUGUGGUGCCAGAACAAUACAGGCAAGGAUUGAGGAGUGUAGGUGUCAUGGGUGGAAUUAGUAUGGGUGUAGGUGCAAGCUCCAACCUCGUGACAAGAGCUCACGUCUUCAUGCAGUAUCAUCCAGACUCUGGCGCCCCGACAUUUUUUGUCCACCCGUGCAACACGGCCGAUGCCAUGGCGCAUAUCGCUGACGCACAGAGUGUCACUCCUGGGUCAUACCUACUCAUCUGGCUCGGUCUGGUGGGUCAUUGCGUGAACCUGCACGUCCCACGCGAGAUUUUUGCUUAG